AUGGCCUUCUUCCUGUCUGACCUGCCAUCCAUCUGCUCUCCUGAGGGUAAGCCAAGCUGGGCCUGCUUGCGAUACUAACCAGGACUGUGGUUAAUUAAUUCCAUCUCAACUCAACUAAGUCAGGAAGUAAACAGCACAGAGAGUAGGUCAAGACCAUGAUUAAUCAUUAGAUUGAUUCAUGGAGAAUGAUUGAUUAUUUGAUCAGUAGUGGCCAAUCCAUGACUCACAAAUGGACGAAUACUAAUUUGUAAAUGAAUGUGUUAAAGCCCUUUAAAAACAACUUUAUCUUGUUUAAAGAAUGAUCACUCAGAUGAUAGGUUGAUUAAACAUUCUCCUCCUCACCACUCUCUUGUCUUUUCUAUGGUGCUGUGGUUAACCUGUGGUUAAUGGUUAAACCCUGUCUCUUCUCCCCCAUAGGUAGUGUGUCCAUCCUGCCUUUAGUACUAUACCUGUUGAUGGGGGUGCUGAGGGAGUUGGUCCAGCAGCCCUGUGGUGGUGGGGCUCUGGGCCUGGUGGGAGCUGUGCUCUCCUCCCCUAUGAGUCGCUCAGAGAAGAGCUGCGGGGGCCCACCUGCUGCGCUGUGCCCUCAACACCCUGCUGGACUUCUGGGACUCAGGUACGGAGUCAGGGACAAAGCGGAAUGGGAGGACACUUCACAUUGAAAACAGAAUCACGCACACACACAACCAUGCACACAACCACACCCACACACACCCACACACACACACACAUACGCAGUCUGUUACGACACAGGAGCCCACACCACAAGGAAAAAUUGAUCAAACAAAUCAGCCUACAGCAAAUGUCAUGGCCUUUGGUUUGAAAGUCCACACAUACGCAAUCCCAUUUUAAGUUCCUCAAUUGCAUUCCAAGUUUGGUCUUGGGUUUUACAAGUCAAAAUACGGUUCAGAAUGCACAAUUCCAUUAUAAAUUGUAUUAGGUUCAGUCAGAUUCUAACUGGAUGAAUGAUUCUCUUUGUGUCCCUGACUCUGUUAACAGAUAAGCCCAACCCUGCGGUGGAUGAGAUCAGUCUGUUGACAGCUCUCACCAUCUUCCUGCUGUCUGCCAGUCCUGAGGUCACCACAGCCCAGCCACUGCAGACACGCUGCAUAGACAGUCCUGGAGUCUAAAGACCCUGUGGUAACUCAGCACUAAGUAGUUCAGCAGUAAUACAAAACUAUAGAACAAGGCACCUUUUUAGGACUCCUUGGUGACCCACUGUCUUAUGAUGACUAUAAAAGUAUUUUAUAUAGUCAACUUUUCUACUGUGCAAGUUACUGUUCAAAGUUCCUCAGUAUUACAUUCUCUUCAAGCAUUCAAUGCAAAUAGGUUCUCCCCACUGAUUCUCAUAUGUAAAGCAUAUGUAAAGGCUGUAUCCACAGCUGACUCUACAACAGCUCUCUAUUCUUCCUCAGGUGCUCAGCAGGAGUUACCAGCUGCUGAUGUCAGUGUACCAGAGCCAGACGGGUUUAGUGGUGCCCUUCAUCCAGGACCUGUAG